AUGUUCAAAGCGACCAAGCUCCAGAUAGCAACAUACCUCCUGGGCGUCUGUCCAUUCUCCAUUGCAUUCCUGGUCUUCCUCAACUCCUCGGUCUCAUUCGUCAUUACAGACCUCAUUGGCAGAGAACAUGGCGUGGGGGACGCUGUAGGAAACUUGGGCUUUGCUGAUGAGUUGGUGGCUCUCGUCGCAUGCCCGAUGUGGGGUUUGCUGUCCGACCGUAUGGGUUUACGUUUUGUUUGUGUUUCUGGAUAUCUAAUCAUCUGCCUCGCAUUGGCGUUAUUCGUCCAAGCACGCAACGUUUAUCCUCAGCUUCUUCUAGCAAGAUUACUUUUCAGUCUUGGAGGUGCUGCAGCCUCUACCAUGGUCACGGCUAUUCUUCCCGCUAUUGCUGCCUCACCCUCAGAAUCUCCUGUCGACAAUGGUCAAACUAGAGGCACCCCCGCUCUGGCCGGCAAUGGCCAUAUUUCGAGUCCUUCAAUUGCCUCGGAAUUGACAAUUACUCCAGCACGAAUUUCGUCACGGUUAUCAACGCACCAGAGCGACCGAAUGUCUCCAGCAGCGGACUCCGACAUUGCGCGCUCUACCAGUCGCAUGGCAGGAUUUGUCGGAAUGUGUACGGGAUGCGGUGCUCUAGUUGCUUUAAUGAUCUUCCUACCUCUCCCAGCCAAAUUUCAAUACGCUGGAGUUGAUGAAAAAGCCGCCUUGAGAUACAGUUUCUAUAUCGUGGCAGUCGUGGCAUUGAUCCUGUCCAUAUGGUGCUUCUUUGGCCUUCGACGGCUCCAAGGAGAACCCGACGACUCCUGGUCAAAAUCCCUAGAUGCCCGGGACAAACGAUACGCCUCGCGACUUCCUCGAGUUCUUCGUCUUAUGCUGGACAAUUUUCAAACCUCAAUUCUGACGGGCUUCAAACGUUCAGAAAUUGCUAUUGGCUACCUGGGAGGCUUUGUCGCCCGCGCUUCAUCAGUUGGAAUUUCACUCUUCAUACCCCUUCUGGUGAAUGCGAUGUUCCUUGCAUCAGAUCUGUGUGUCGGAAAAGAAUCCCACGCUGACCCAGGAGGUCUCCCAGAUAUCAAACGAAGAUGUCCACGAGCUUAUGUUGUCGCUUCGGAAUUGACCGGAGUCUCACAAAUGGUGGCUUUGAUCUUUGCUCCCAUCUUUGGCUAUUGGUCGGCAAAGGUUUCAAGAAAAGAAUUGCCUCUUCUGGUGGCAUCGAUUGCUGGUAUAGUUGGAUACCCAUUGUUCGCAAAUCAAUUCGACCCAGACGAUACACAUACAGCCCAGAGGGUUGCGGCAUUCAUCGCCGUCUGCUUGGUUGGUAUCAGUCAAAUCGGGGCGAUUGUAUGCAGCUUGGGCACCCUUAGCAAAGGCAUUUUGCUGGAAACUCCGAAACCAACACUCAUUGCUCCUGACACCGAUUCCAAUGCCAAUGAUCCGGGAACAACCGAGAACCAACCUCUUCUCGAUGGCACGCAACAACAAAACACGGGUGAGCCACUGUCAGCCUUAAAAGGCUCCGUUGCUGGUGUAUACUCACUCUACGGAGGGGCGGCCAUCCUCAUAUUGACCAAAAUUGGUGGACUACUAUUCGACAGGGUAUCUGUAGCGGCCCCUUUCUACAUUAUGGCAGGUUUCAAUGCAGUUCUCAUGCUUGCCUGUGCGACGCUGAGUCUAUGGAGCUCAUGGGAAGGAAGAUACGAACGCGAUGAAGCCAUAGAGAAUGUCUCAUGA